GGCGAGCAGAUAUUUGUUUCCUUUCAAUGGAUGAUUAAAUCAGUGUUUCCAAUGUGCAGCUGUCUGCAUUUUACGCGGCUUUCCUGCAUUAUAUUUUCCUAUAAAUCCUUCUAUACUUGCCCCAUUCUCCAUCAGAUAAACACAAUGGAGUUGAAAAAUGUGUGUUGUGCAGCAUGGAUAUUAAUGUUCAUCUUGCCCACAGUCUUCUGCUGUGAUCGUUGUGUUCACAAAUCAAAAGUGGCCUAUUACUCUUCCUCCCAGCCUGUCAAUGCGGGAGCAUGUGGGUACGAGUCCUCUGCAGCAACAUUGAACAAUGGCGAUGUGGCCACAGCGAGCGCCAAAAUAUAUAGGGAAGGGAUUGGAUGUGGCGGCUGCUAUCAGAUAAGAUGCACAGACCCGGCGAUUUGCAUUAAAUCAGGGGUAAAAGUCGUGGUUUCAGACUUCUCCCCCAACAAUCAGACGGAUUUUGUGCUACCCAGUCGCACUUUCGCAAAGAUGGCACAGCCCACAAAAUCGUCUAAGCUUGUGAAGAUGGGUGUUGUGGAUAUCGAGUACAAACGAAUACCAUGUGGAUAUCCAGGGAAGAACAUGACAGUGAAGAUAGACAAGAUCAGCAAUUACCCAUACUUUCUUGCCUUGCAAUUUCUGUACCAAGGAGGCCAGACGGAUAUCAUGGGCGUGGAAGUUGCUCCGGUGGGAACUUCAAAUUGGAAAUUCAUGACACGCAACCAUGGUGCCGUGUGGAGCAUGCAGCAGCCUCCUGAGGGGCCCAUGUCUUUAAGGGUUCUUGUUACGAGUGGAUACGAAGGUUUUUGGGUGUGGGCCAAAGGAGCUGUGCUGCCUUCAGACUGGAAAGUGGGCUCUAUCUAUGACAGUGGUGUUCAGAUCAAAGAAAUUGCACAAGAAGGUUGUUCUCCUUGCGACUCCCAAGACUGGGACCUCGGGCAGUCCUUGAAUAUAUAGUUGCAGUUGCAGUACAAUCACAUAUAUAUUUCAAGUUCAACAAAUUCACUGUAGAUCUCUGUUUUACACGUCAUAGAAGGAAAUUGCGCUUCAUUUCACUAGUGAACCCCGCACUGUAUUUAAAGUGUGUUGUAAUGGUCUAAUUCAAAACGAUCUUAAAUGUUAUAAUGAGUGACAAUCAUUUGAUAUGGAUAAACCUUGUUGAUAUAGAACGUACAUCACAGAAAAAAAGGCCACAUAAGUUCAAUUCAAUUCUGUACAGGCUACUAUUCUCUUAAAUGAGGGGUCGCUAAAGUUUGAUUUUA